UUUUGCCUGUCACUUGGGGCAACAUUUAUCAACCUUGGGGAUUGAUAAGUUUCCCCUGCCCCCUACUUUUUCUCAACUCUCCUGCUAGCAAGAGUGGACACUACUCUUGGGGUGUCUUUUGUCUGUGUGGCUGACAGAUACUAGCUGAAGUCAUUUCUCCAAUGUGGAAAUUGCUGGCUCUCACUACCACUGUCCUACUGAGGUUUGGGCUACUUUCCUUUUCACAUCUCAUCACACAGAACUGAGAAGAAAUCCUAAAGAUGUCUUCCAGUAAUGACCACGUUUUAGUACAAAUGUCACAGAGAAACACCAACGGCCUUCCUGGAAUGAACUCCAAUGACUCAAAGACGCUUACAGGAGAUGUGCUAAGUUUUUGUAACAUCACUUAUCGAGUGAAAGUGAAAAGUGGGUUUUUAGUCCGGAAAGCAGUUGAGAAAGAAAUACUCUCGGAUAUCAACGGGAUCAUGAAACCUGGCCUCAAUGCCAUUCUGGGACCCACGGGCGGAGGCAAGUCUUCGUUGCUAGAUGUCUUAGCAGCAAGGAAGGAUCCACGAGGAUUAUCUGGAGACGUUUUGAUAAAUGGGGCACCUCAACCUGCCAAUUUCAAAUGCAGUUCAGGAUAUGUGGUUCAAGACGACGUUGUGAUGGGCACCCUGACAGUGAGAGAAAACCUACAGUUCUCAGCAGCUCUUCGCCUCCCAACGACUAUGAGGAAUCAUGAAAAAAAUGAGCGGAUUAACACGAUCAUUAAAGAGUUAGGUCUGGACAAAGUAGCAGAUUCUAAGGUUGGAACUCAGUUUAUUCGCGGUGUCUCUGGAGGAGAAAGAAAAAGGACAAGCAUCGGAAUGGAGCUGAUCACUGACCCUUCCAUCCUCUUCCUGGAUGAGCCUACAACUGGUUUGGAUUCAAGCACGGCCAAUGCUGUCCUUUUGCUCCUAAAAAGGAUGUCUAAACGGGGUCGAACAAUCAUCUUCUCUAUUCAUCAGCCUCGGUAUUCCAUCUUUAAGUUGUUUGACACCCUCACCUUAUUGGCCUCCGGGAAACUCGUGUUCCAUGGACCAGCACAGGAGGCCUUGCAGUACUUUGCAUCAGCAGGUCACCACUGUGAGGCCUACAAUAACCCUGCAGAUUUCUUCCUUGAUGUCAUCAAUGGAGAUUCUUCUGCUGUAAUGUUAAAUAGAGAGGAAGAAGACUAUGAAGCAAACAAGACUGAAGAACCUUGCAAGAUGGAGAAGCCAAUUACAGAAAACUUAGUUGAGUUUUAUGCCAACUCUUCAAUCUGUAGAGAAACAAAAGCUGAAUUAGAUCAGCUUCCAGAGGCUCAGAAAAAGAAAAGAAUAGCAACCUUCAAAGAGCCCAUAUAUGUUACCUCCUUCUGUCAUCAGCUCAGAUGGAUUGCCAGGCGUUCAUUCAAGAACUUGAUCGGGAAUCCUCAAGCCUCUAUAGCUCAGAUAAUCGUCACAGUCAUACUGGGACUGGUUAUUGGGGCCAUUUACUUUGACCUGAAAAAUGAUCGGGCUGGCAUCCAGAACAGGGCUGGGGUACUCUUUUUUCUGACUACCAACCAGUGUUUCUCCAGUGUGUCAGCUGUGGAGCUCUUCGUAGUGGAGAAGAAACUCUUCAUACAUGAAUAUAUCAGUGGAUAUUACAGAGUCUCUUCGUACUUCUUUGGAAAGCUGAUCUCUGAUUUACUACCCAUGAGGUUCUUGCCAAGUGUUAUUUACACUUGUAUAGUAUACUUCAUGUUAGGAUUGAAAAAGGAGGUGGAGGCUUUUUUCAUCAUGAUGUUCACCCUUAUAAUGGUGGCUUACACAGCAAGUUCCAUGGCCCUGGCCAUAGCAGCAGGCCAAAGUGUGGUGUCUGUGGCCACACUUUUAAUGACAAUCUCAUUUGUAUUUAUGAUGCUUUUUUCGGGUCUUUUGGUGAAUCUCGGGACCAUUGGGCCUUGGCUGUCCUGGCUUCAGUACUUCAGCAUUCCUCUAUACGGCUUCUCGGCUUUGCAGCAUAAUGAAUUCUCGGGACAAGACUUCUGUCCAGGACUCAAUACAACUGUCAACAGCACCUGUGAUAGCAGCUACACAAUAUGUACUGGUGAUGACUACUUGAUAAGCCAAGGCAUCGAUCUGUCACCUUGGGGACUGUGGAAGAAUCAUGUCGCAAUGGCUUGUAUGAUUAUUAUCUUCCUCACAAUUGCCUACCUAAAAUUGCUAUUUCUUAAAAAGUAUUCUUAAUUUCCCCUUUAACAUACUAUUGGCUGUACUCCCAUUAAAUAUGGAUGCUUUGAUCAACAUAUCCAGUGUUCUUUUGUUU